AUGAGAGUGGAGCUUCCAGGAGAUAAAAUAGUUGCAGUACAGAAACAAAUCGCGGAUCUUACGAAAAAAGGCAUGGUGAAAAUUCGUGAUUUUGCCAAGGUUGUUGGGUCGGUGGUAGCGUGUUGCCCAGCAGUGGAAUACAGUUUACUACACUGUAGAUCGUUUGAGAGGGCAAAGGUCAAAGCCUUAGUAAAGAGUGGGGGUUGUUUUGACUCAUUUAUGAUGGUACCAAGUUUUACUCUUAAGGACUGGGUUUGGUGGUUGAAUACUUUGCCAAAUGCAAGUAAAAAGGUGAGAAACAAUCAGUAUGAAAGAACGAUCUACUCAGAUGCAUCAUUAUCCGGAUGGGGUGCCUUCUGUGAUGGUCACAGUGCCAAUGGACUGUGGAGUCUGGAGGAGAGAAAACUUCAUAUUAACCACCUAGAGCUCAAAGCGGCCUUGCUGGCCUUGAAGUGUUUCGCGGCGGAUUUAAAGGACACUGAUAUUUUGAUUAUGGUGGACAACACGACUACGAUGGCGUAUAUCAAUAGAAUGGGUGGUGUCCAUUAUGCUGCACUUCAUAGCUUAGCGUGCGAGUUAUGGAGUUGGUGCGAAGGUCGCAAGUUAUGGGUUUAUGCCUCGUAUAUUCCAUCAAAAGAGAAUGUGGAGGCAGAUCGAUCAUCGAGGAUCGAUAAUUCGGACGCGGAGUGGGAAUUAGCAGGUUACGCGUUUGAAAGGAUCAUUGGGAGGUUCGGGAAUCUGGAGAUUGAUCUAUUCGCUUCUCGGAUCAACGCUAAAUGCGUAGUCUACUGCUCAUGGAAGAGAGAUCCGGAAGCUUUUGCGUUUGAUGCCUUCACAGUCUGUUGGUCCGAUUGGAUAUUUUAUGCUUUUCCCCCCUUUUCCAUUAUAACUAGAGUGAUUAAGAAAAUCAAAGAUGACAGAGCCGAAGGCAUACUAGUUGUACCUUACUGGCCUACUCAGGUCAAGCCAUCACCCCUUGGCGGCGAAGCUUACCCUGGUUGCCGCCAGGUUAUCAGCCAAGCGCUCUUAGUCAAAGGCAUGCCCAAAGAAGCGGUAAAGAUUUCGCUAGCUUCACUAGCAGAUUCAACACUGAAAAAUUACAGCGGAACUCUAAAGCUCUGGUGGCACUGGAACAAACAAGUCGAUGGGGAUCCAUACACAGUAUCCGUGGAGAAAAUCCUGAGAUUUUUGGCGGAAAGAUUCGAUGAUGGAGUUGGCUAUAGCACACCAAACUCGGCCAGAGCUGCGUUAUCCUUAAUAUCGAGCGAGGAUGUCACAAACAACCCUUUGAUAAGUCGCUUUAUCAAAGGUUCGUCAAGGAUGAGACCUGGAUGUCCUAAGUAUGAAUCUACUUGGGACGUGGACCCGGUAUUAUUAAAAUUAGCAACAUGGGAUCCAGUUAGUGAACUUUCUCUGAAAAAAUUGACGGAAAAACUGGUUGUGUUAUUGGCCUUGGGUACAGCACAUCGUUGUCAAACGUUAGCGUUGAUCAACAUCUCAAACAUCAUUGUUUCUGAAUCUAAAAUUGAAAUUCGGAUUCCGGCGAGGAUCAAAACUUCCCGACCUGGAGCUCCACAGCCGGUUUUAAGACUUCCGUUUUUUCGGGACAAACCACAGCUAUGUAUUGCCAAAGCUUUGAACCAAUAUCUAUUCGUGACUAAAGACCUUCGGGGAAGCGUUGAUUCAUUGUUCAUCUCCUUCAAUAAGCCGCAUAGGGCGGUUAAGAGUGAAACUAUCAGUCGGUCGAUAAGGACGACGUUAGUUUCAUUGGGAGUUGAUAAGAGUUUUACGACACACUCUACGAGACAUGCAUCGACAUCUAGAGCACAUGAGAAAGGUGUUAGUAUUGAAGAGAUUAAAAAGGUGGCGGGUUGGUCCCAGAACUCUAAAGUUUUUGCCAACUUUUACCACCAGCCAAUAAUUAUUCGCGACAAUAAGUUUGCAGAAGCGGUGUUAACACCCAGUGUAUCAGUAAAAGUCAAUAAUAAAAAAAAAGAAAAGCUGUGGCACGGGAAAAGCAAAAGACGCGGAAACCAAAAGGUAAAAGCAAUCCGGGUUUUGGCGGACAUAGAGGAAUUGGCGGGAGACAAGACGAAGGAAAAAAGUGACGAGGAACGAGAGGGCAGCACAUACAAAGAGAUGACAAGUGACGAGGAAAGACAUGAGAGAGGUAAAGCGAAUGGCGAAAGCGCCGGGAUGACCAAGAGAAGGAGGGGAAGGCCGCUCAAAUUCAAAAGUACAAAUUCAGCGAGUAAAAGAGACUACGGUAUGAAAAAUGGAGCGUUAGAAAAAUUUGUGUUUAGUCAGAUGAAUAUAAUAAAGGCAAAAGCAAAAAAGGUAGAAAACACAGACAAUAUAAAUGAGGUAGGAACAGACUGGAUAAGUAAAGGAAAAGACAAGAUAAGAAGGACAAAACAAAUGAAGAAUGGAGAAGACAAGAAAAAGAAAAGCUCAUUGAAGAAAAGCCAAAAAAAAUUAAUGGAAAUGAGCUGGAGGAAGAACUAA